AGCAUGUGACUAGUGACGUCACAGACCUCGUUCUAACAACUCCACUCUAGCAUCUACCAAAGCGGUUUCGGUGGAAGCAGAAGAAUUCGUUGUGUGGUAUAAGAUCCACCGAGAGUGACGUCAUUGUCCGUUUUGACGUCAGUGGUACGCGAAGGGAUCCGGACUGGACAAUGUCUGGCGGCUGCAGAACCCCUCUGCUCGGGACUACUCAUACUUUUCCCAGGUACACAACUCACAUCAGAGGUUGGAUUAUUUGUUGGUCCAGGCUUCCCUUUUGCCGAGAGUGACAGAUACAGGGGUACUUAUUACAUAAAGCAAUAACAUGGACCCAUUAAGAGCCCAGCAAUUGGCAGCAGAACUUGAAGUAGAAAUGAUGGCAGAUAUGUACAACCGAAUGACUGGUGCUUGUCACAAAAAGUGUGUCCCCCCUCACUACAAGGAACCAGAGUUGUCCAAGGGAGAGAGUGUAUGCCUCGACCGCUGUGUCUCUAAAUAUCUUGAUAUCCAUGAACGAAUGGGCAAGAAACUCACAGAACUUUCAAUGCAAGAUGAAGAGUUGAUGAGGAAGAUACAGCAGGGUGUGGGACCUGCAUAGUAGCUUUUGACAUAGUUCACAAGUCUGCUUUGUGUAUGUUUAACUGUUCUAGUCUUUUCUAGUUGUACACAUUGUACAAUGUAUUUUAUUUUGCAUUCAUUUGUUGGUUUCAGGUACAGCAUUAGAAAACAAUAAAAUGUUCCUGUAACAUUAA